AUGAAUAUUUUCAUCAGAGCCCCGAGAAGAUACAUUACAAUGUCUACACCUAAGGUUGUCCAGCCAAAAUGGAACGUUCCAACACCACAGGCUGAGAAAGCCGUGCUGAAGUUGUACAACAGUUUGACAAGAUCGAAGGUCGAGUUUAUUCCACAAUCUGGGAACAGGGGAGUCACUUGGUAUUCAUGUGGACCUACCGUUUAUGAUGCGUCCCAUAUGGGUCAUGCUAGAAAUUACGUCUCUAUCGACAUCAACAGGAGAAUUAUUCAAGAUUACUUUGGUUACAAUGUGCAAUUUGUUCAAAAUGUUACUGACAUAGAUGAUAAAAUCAUUCUAAGAGCAAGACAAAACUACUUGUUUGACAACUUUGUGAAAGAAAACGACACCAAGUUGAACACUAAGGUUAUUGAUAAGGUCGAAACAGCACUUUUCCAGUAUAUUAAUAAAAGUUUUACCAUUGAAGGUAACGAAAUCAAAAGCAUUGGAGAAUUCGAAAGUUGGUUGUCGAAGGCUGAUACUGAAGCUUUGAAAUUGGAAAAUCCCAAGUUCCCUAUGCAUGUCACGGCAGUGCAAAAUGCCAUUGAAGCGAUUACUAAAGCUAAUACCAUGCAUCCAGAAGUUGCCUUUGAAAAAGUUAAAGAUGUUACGGUUCCUCUAUUGGAUAAGGAACUAGGUUCUACCAUUAACGACCCAGAUAUUUUUCGCCAGCUUCCAGCUUACUGGGAGCAAAAAUUCAAUGACGACAUGUUGUCUUUGAACGUAUUGCCUCCAACUGUUACUACCCGUGUUUCUGAGUACAUACCAGAAAUUAUCAAAUUUGUCCAAAGAAUUAUUGGCAAUGGGUACGCAUAUGCAACGUCCGAUGGUUCCGUGUACUUUGAUACUUUAAAAUUUGAUAGGUCACCAAAUCAUGACUAUGCCAAGUGUCAGCCAUGGAAUAAGGGCCAAUUGGAUUUGAUUAAUGAUGCUGAGGGUUCUUUAAGUAAUUUUGCUGAUAACGGUAAGAAAUCAAAUAAUGAUUUUGCCUUGUGGAAAGCUUCCAAGGCAGGCGAGCCCGAAUGGGAAUCUCCCUGGGGUAAGGGUAGACCAGGGUGGCACAUCGAAUGUUCUGUAAUGGCCAGUGAUAUUUUAGGUUCUAACAUCGAUAUACAUUCCGGUGGUGUCGAUUUAGCCUUUCCUCAUCAUGAUAAUGAAUUGGCUCAAUCUGAAGCUUGUUUCGACAAUAAGCAAUGGAUCAACUAUUUUUUACAUACAGGUCACUUGCAUAUUGAAGGCCAAAAGAUGUCUAAAUCCUUAAAGAAUUUUAUUACCAUUCAGGAAGCUCUAGAGAAGUUUUCACCACGUCAAUUGAGGUUGGCCUUUGCCUCAGUACAAUGGAAUAAUCAAUUGGAUUUCAAAGAAUCAUUGAUCCAUGAAGUGAAGUCAUUUGAAAAUUCCAUGAACAACUUUUUCAAGACUAUAAGAGCGUUGAAAAAUGAUGCAGCAUCGGCGGGUCAUAUCUCUAAAAAAUUUGGACCACUCGAAAAGAAGUUACUGGCUGAAUUCACCGAAAGUGAAUCUAAAGUCCAUUUGGCGUUCUGUGAUAAUUUGUCCACGCCUGUGGUUUUAAAGACGUUAAGUGAAUUAGUGACCAAGUCGAACACAUAUAUUUCUACCGCUGGAUCAGGAUUAAAAAUUGAGCCUUUGAUCGCUAUUUGUGAUUAUGUUACAAAGAUUCUAAGAAUAAUUGGGUUCCCAUCCCGUCCCGACAACUUGGGCUGGGCUGCACAGGCUGAUUGCAGCGAUGAAUCAUCCGGUUCAUUGGAAGACACUGUCAUGCCAUAUGUCAAGUGUUUGUCCACAUUUAGAGACGAGGUGCGUUCUCUAGCAAUUAAGGAAGCUGAACCAAAGAAAUUCUUGCAAUUAACAGACAAGAUUCGAAACGAAGAUUUACUAAACUUGAAUGUUGCAUUAGAUGAUAGAAAUGGACAAUCUGCAUUGAUCAAAUUCUUAACCAACGACGAAAAGUUAGAAAUUGUCCAAUUGAAUGAGCAGAAGCUCGCCAAUGAAGAGGCUAAGAAGCAGAAAAAGUUGGAACAGCAAAGACUAAGAGAACAGAAGGAAACCGAGAGAAAGGAGAAAGCUCAAACUAAACCGCAAGAUAUGUUCAAAGACUCUGCGCUGUACAGUGUCUGGGACGAACAAGGUCUUCCAACAAAGGACAAAGACGGUAAUGACAUUACCAAGAGCAUGACCAAGAAGUUGAAGAAGCAAUGGGAGCAACAAAAGAAGCUACAUGAAGAAUACUUUGGGAAGGAAAAUUAA